UGCGGGCAGGGAAGGACCUGGCCCCGCGGUGCUGGGGGAGCCGACGCCGCCGCCGCCAGCAGAGCAGCCCGGCUUUGGCCAUGAAGAGGAAACAGAAGAGGUUUCUGCAAAUGACGCUGCUCUUCACCGCGGCUCUGAUUUUCCUGCCUGACAUCGGCCUCUGGUCUCUCUACAAGGAGAAGCACCUGGUGAAGCCGCCCGAAGCCGCCGAGCCGCAGACACUUCCUUUGGGGCUGGGAGAUGGACAGCUCUUUACCUGGACUGAUGGCCUGAAAAGGAAGGACUGGCAUGAUUAUGAAAGCAUUCAGAAAGAUGCUAUGCGUUCAGGGAAAGGUGAACAUGGGAAACCGUACCCUCUUACAGAGGAAGACCAUGAUGAUUCUGCUUAUAGGGAAAAUGGCUUCAACAUAUUUGUUAGCAACAACAUAGCACUGGAACGAUCCCUGCCAGACAUCCGACAUCCUAACUGUAAGCACAAGGUGUACUUGGAAACACUACCGAACACUAGCAUCAUCAUCCCGUUUCAUAACGAAGGCUGGACCUCGCUCUUGCGCACCAUCCACAGCAUCAUCAACCGCACUCCAGACAGCCUGAUCGCAGAGAUCAUUCUGGUGGAUGACUUCAGUGACAGAGAGCAUUUAAAAGAGAAGCUGGAGGAAUAUAUGGUCCGCUUUGCCAAGGUGAGGAUUGUGCGUACCAAGAAACGAGAAGGGCUCAUUCGGACCCGACUGCUGGGAGCCUCACUGGCUAGAGGAGAAGUCUUGACAUUUCUGGAUUCCCACUGCGAAGUCAACGUGAAUUGGCUGCCACCCUUGCUUAACCAGAUUGCACUUAACCACAAAACCAUCGUGUGUCCUAUGAUCGAUGUCAUUGACCACAAUCACUUUGGCUACGAGGCACAGGCGGGGGAUGCCAUGCGAGGAGCUUUUGACUGGGAAAUGUACUACAAAAGAAUUCCGAUUCCUCCAGAGCUCCAGAGAGCUGAUCCCAGCGACCCCUUUGAGUCUCCUGUAAUGGCUGGAGGUCUGUUUGCUGUUAACCGGAAAUGGUUUUGGGAGCUGGGAGGCUAUGAUCCAGGAUUAGAAAUAUGGGGAGGAGAGCAGUAUGAAAUCUCCUUUAAGGUGUGGAUGUGUGGAGGUGGCAUGUAUGAUGUUCCAUGCUCUCGAGUUGGACAUAUCUACAGAAAGUAUGUCCCAUAUAAAGUCCCUUCUGGAACCAGCCUGGCACGGAACCUGAAGCGAGUGGCCGAGACGUGGAUGGAUGAGUUUGCAGAGUACAUUUACCAGCGACGGCCUGAGUACAGACAUCUCUCAACUGGUGACAUCUCUGCCCAGAAGGAGCUGCGCAGGCACCUUAAGUGUAAAGAUUUCAAAUGGUUCAUGGCUGCAGUGGCUUGGGAUGUCCCCAAAUAUUACCCUCCUGUGGAGCCUCCACCUGCUGCCUGGGGGGAGAUUCGAAACGUGGCAGCCAACCUCUGUGUGGACAGCAAACACGGAGCCACGGGGACUGAGCUGAGGCUGGACAUCUGUGUGAAGGAUGGCUCAGAACGAACAUGGUCACAUGAACAGCUCUUCACCUUUGGUUGGAGAGAAGACAUCCGCCCUGGGGAGCCACUUCACACCAGGAAGUUCUGCUUCGAUGCCAUCUCGCACAGUAGCCCUGUCACACUGUAUGACUGUCACGGGAUGAAGGGAAACCAGUACUGGAGCUAUAGGAAGGACAAAACUUUGUUCCAUCCGGUAAGCAGCAGCUGCAUAGAUUGCAACCCAGCUGAGAAGAAGAUUUUCAUGAACAGAUGUGAUCCUUUAUCUGAAACUCAACAGUGGAUUUUUGAACAUAUUAAUAUGACUGUUUUAGAAAAAUUUAACAGCAAGGCCAGUUCCUAGAAGGAAAAAAGAAAAAAUGAACAUACCUAUUUACGUACAGACUGCAGACUACAAUUUUGCCAGCAUCUGGGUCAAAGGAGUCAGGAAUUAAAUUUCCUAGAUCCAGGAAAUCUGUUCUGAGGAUUAAGAAAAUGCCCCAGCAAGAGCCAGCAGGCUGUCCUUGUGGAUAUACAGUGUCUGGAGAACUUGGCCAAGAGCCUCACCGGAUGCUGCUGAGAACUUCAGGAUGAAAAUUCCCUUGCUGGUCAAGGGAAAAACUUUGUUUAAAAACUGUUUAAAAGUACUCCAAGUUAAUAAAGUGAAACAAAACUCUAGAGUUUCUCAGGUCAAAUCCUGCUGUAGUGAGUAGCUCAGAACAGAUGCUAUGAUUUGGGAUGGGUUUAUGGUGUGCAUGACACCUACAGGAACCUGAAGAAAUCCCAGGUUUUAGAAUUAAACAUGCUGGUAGAAGAAUAAUGAUGUCCCAGCACUCCCUAGACAAGAUAUAUGUUCUGUUGACAUUCUUUUAAUAAAAGGUUGGGUUAAGCAGGUUUAACCCUCAGAACUGCUGCAAUUAAUUUCAAAUACCUCCCUUUCACAUUCCAUUCAUUACCAAAAUAGGAAUGGUAGAAAUCUUAGGGUCUAGAAUUACACUGUAGUGAAGCAUGAAAUAAACUGUAUGGUUUUGCCCUCACAUUUUCCCCCUUCAGGAAAAAUAAAGCAAAGCAAUCAAAUUUAUAUAUAUGAUAUAUUUAGCAAUUGUGAUUCAAAUCCCAUUGUCACAUAAGGUGAGAUUUUUUCUUUAGUGACAAAUAUAACAGCAGCAGCUGCAGCAUAAUGAAAGGCUUGUGGACUGUCUGUCUUUUUUAAAGGUAGAAUCUUUACCAACAUAUAAAUUAAACUGAAAAUAGGCUGGGGAAAAAAUCAGGAGGAGAGUGGGAAAUAAUUGCAUACUGCAUGCUAAACUAGGUUAGUCAAAUUAAUACUGGUAUGCUGCCGUCACCUAAAAGCAUGUUGACUCCCUGCAGUGCAGCUUAAAAGAUCUUGCAGUGCUCCUGACACAGAGGAGUGGAGAGAAAAAUUGGCAGGAAAUCAGUUGGGUGGUUUUGGAGUUUUUGAAAUCUGUGGUGGAAAUCAUGUGAACUUUCCAGAGUGAGCAAGUGGAUGGUAUUGUAGAUGUCAUGAGGGAGGAAACAAGUCCAAGCAAGUCACACAUUACAAUUUUUUGGUACUUUAGGCACAGGCACCAUUCAGAGUAACAGACUUCCAUCACACUGAUGAUCAUGAUGGGUCCGUCACAUCUAUUAAGCUAUUGGAGGGAGAGGCCUCUAAAACAUUUUAGGGAGGGUGCCUAUCAUUCUUCUCAGUUCAUACUGAUGUGUGGAACAUGACUGAUAACUUUGAGAUUGUUCAAGGUAAGAGUGAGUAUAAAUUUUUACCAAGUAAAUAUGUGGGGUUUGCUUGAAAGAUGAAUUUACAAAUGAGAGCACCAUAAAUGCAGGUAGAUCACAUCCUCUGUGCUGUAACUCCUUUCAGGUUCCAAAAAUAACAUUUGUAAUUAAGUUGCUUAUUUUAAUUGUUGGUGAGGUGGCUGACUAACCAAAAUAUUGAUGUGCAAUCUACCCUGUUUUAAGGGAGUGGAGUGACUGUGUUUUGUUUAUUUCUCUUUAAGCUGUGUUUAUGCACAAAGGGCAUUGAUUGCGUCCAGAGGAUGGUUCUAGUACCAGUGUGCUAUUUUGUGGCAGCAUCUUGUAGUUUCAGGCCAUAUGAAAGUUUUAGGAAGGGAAUUAUGUCCUGUAGUAUUCAGGAUGCAUGCACUUGGGAAAUUGUGAAAUUUCCAAUAUAUUGAACAAUUGCUGCAAGUUACUGAAGAGAUCUUUCAAAUUAUUUAAAGGGGUGUGUCCAUGGAGUUGUCAUUUUAUGAUUUUCAAAUAAGCGAUCUUGUUUAGGUAUUGUUUAAAUUUGAUUUGAAGGUACAGCGUGCUCAGGAACAGAAGUAAGGUUCCAGUAUGAGGAUAUUUCAUGUUUGUUUAGCUGUCAGUACACAGAAUCAGCCUAGCCUCUGCAAACUGUCAGCUUUCCCAGAUGGGGUGCUCACAGCAUCAUUUAUUUGCAGCCUGAUCAUGAGGAAGGAGAGUUUGUGAAAAGAAGAAAAUGGCUGCUUCAAAUAUAAAUGUAGCCCUUGAGCUGCUGAUUGUAACUGGCCCCAAACUGUCAGUUCUGGGAGCAGUGCAAUAUGCUCAAAAUAGAGAGGCAAAGGAGGAUUGCUAAACCAGAACAGAUUGGUAGGGUUAUAUCCUUCAGUGUCUGACUGCAUCUCGAUGGUCUGAUCUUGAGAUGUCUGAUGGGGACUGGGCUGCUCUUAGGGCAGAGAAAUUUUAUGCCUUUCAAAGCCCUUGUUGAGUCAUAUUGCACAGCACCUUACACUGCCAAAGGAAGCCUUGCACUUGCCUGUAGCUGAUCACAAAUUAUGAACUCCAGCAGCCCUUGUCAGAAAGCAAUCCAUAUGACUACUAGUUGUGGAGAAAGAGAACAGUCCUUGCACAGGACUUCUUCAAGAAGUUUCAUUAGUAAUAAAUGAUGAUUGCUACCUUUCAGUUCAAGUCUGUCUUGGGUGUUCUCCAAAGGUUUCCACUGAUAAGAGUAUUUCAUUACUAAUUUACCAUUCAGAAUUUCUUUAAUUCUUCCUGCAACCAUAUUUUUUCCAGCCAGUAAACUUCUGGACAAUUUGAUAGAUUGGAGAGAUGUAUCUUCCUCUAAUAUUUCUCCAGGAGCAUUUAACUCUUAACACGUUUCUUCAAAAGACUAUGAAAUUUCUUCACAGAAUUUUCAUUCAAUACCAGGUAGUAUGAAAAUAUUUUAAAUAUAGUGCACAGAUGGAAUUAACUAAUGUGGGCUCAUAAUUUCAGUGGAGCUAUACUGACUUCCCCAACUAAUGACUUGCUUCAGGUUUUUUUCAGUUGAUUAAAUAUGGCUUUAAUCAAGAUGUCUGAAAAGAAGAUAUUUGUAUCUUUAAGAGUUCAUCAGCAUCUACCCUAAAUAUUUUCCAUUUAGGGUUAACUGACUUUCUUUUUUGUUGGUUGGUUGGUUGGUUGCAUUUUUUGGGGGGUUUUGUAUUUUUUUGUGGCCAGUUAACCACUACAACUGGAGAGAGCAACUGGAAAAACUGAAAUAAACUCCAAGUGCAACUAAAAUUCUUAAAUAACAUAUCUUUUCCUGCAUAUAUUCUAGAAUCUAAACUAAACAGAGGCCUAGUGGGAGAGGGCUCAAAGGAGAGAGGGGGAGCUAGGAAACAAAGCCUUUCUUGUAUGGGAGAGCAACCUUGUUGCAGAGACAUGACAAGACUUCACUUUUCAUUGGCCACAGUCCUACUUCAGAAAAAUGAAAUUGCUUUAGAACAAAUGUUUCUGCAACAGUAUGGAUAUUUUAAUGAUACACAGCGUUCUUCCUGAGUGUGAUCUGUUUAAGAAUAAAUGGUCUCUAGCUGCUGAACGAAGUCUUGUCUCACAAUAAAGACAGACUAAGCUUGAAAGGAAGCUGACAAGCACUUAACAACCUUUGAUUACUGGCAGUUUACCAGGCAUCAAUGUCUCUAGUGACCUUAGUGAAAUUUUAUGCCACAUAGAAGAAACGUGUAUAAGUAGCUUGACCAAAUUUAGUAGAUAGGUGUCACUUCUGCAGGAGUGGGUAUUACCUUUGUUUUUUUUAAAAAAAAUCAUAAUCAUAAUUCAUUUGCAUUUUUACUGAUAACUCCUGCGAGGGACUGAGUGAGGUUUAGCCUACCUGGAUGGAUUGGAGAUGGAGCAUUUUAGAAAGAAAGUACUGGCAAGCUUUCAGUGUGGCUGGCACCAGGGGUGCAUCCAUUAGCUAUCUAAAGAGCAUCUGUAAUGCUGAUAACCCAGUGCAUUUCAAGAGAACGCAGCACGUAUGUUAAGAAAAAGGAAUAUGAUAAUGGUUUUAUUUCUCUUUUUUAAUCCAUCGAGGUUGUUAGGAAAAUAAUUUCAAAGCCCUUGAAAACAACACAACCUGAUCAGAAGUAAUAUUUUUAUAGCUGGCACUAUUAUUAUAAUGUUCAUUUUAUUCCUUUGUUUAACCCCCUCCCAAAUAUGUUCCUUAUUCCCUCAAAAAAAGCACAAGGGUCCAAGAGUGCUUUUGCAUAACAUUUUCAGGAUCUUGCCCUGUCUGAAAGUUUUGAAAAGCCUUUAAAAAAUUAGGAAAUGUAAACCAAAAGAUAACAUAAAAACCCAGUGAGAAAUACUUAUUAUGUCUAGUGUACCAAGAGACUUCGCUAA